CCCUGCAACAACCAAGGUCUCCUUUCUUGGUUCACUGUCUCUUACACUCUCUCUGCCCUCUCCGGCGGUGGUGGGUGGAGCCGGAAUCUAUCGCUCCGUUGAUCAGAUGCUCCUUAUCCGGCGCUAAUGAAGGUAAUCAACGUAGACGGUGUGUCCCAGUUCUCUUCCUCGUCUUCGCGAUCCUCGAGGAGAUGUUUACUGCGGCACUCUAGGCCAUGCUGGUUCCUCAUUGUGGCAUAUUUUGUGCUUUGUUGUCCGAUUGUGGUGAAGAGUCGUUUGUGCCUGGACGACGUUCAUGUCACUCGACAAUCUUAUUUGGCUAGCUCAGUUUAUGGUCGACAAAGUUUUGGGGAUUAUUACGGGCCUGGGGAUGUUUGUCCUUGCUCUAGUUCCUUCUGUUUUCUGUCAACUUUGGCUGGUUUUCUUGCUGAAGAGGAUGAUUGGCGAGCGCCCUCCAUUGAAGCUGCAAAGGGCUUUGGUCAGACUUCCAGAAGUGCAACUUUCAAGAUGACUAAUGGAGAAGUUGUUUCUUGCUCUUUAAGGAAUUCUGGAAAUGGAAUCCCUCUACUACAAGGUUUUGGAAAUAGGACUGUUACUGUGGAUAGAGUGGAUUUCUGUGAAGGUUCCUUAUUUCCUGAUCUUUGGAUGAAAGCUUCUAGUGCGCCAAGCAGUGACCUGGAUGAGCAUUUAGAAGAGGCAGAGUCAGGAAUUCUUAUAAGUUCUGCAUCCUUGCCUGAAAUAGAGAUAAGCCCUCCAAUUUUGGAUUGGGGGACCAAGAACAUGUACUCUCCUUCACUGGAAAUUUUAGAAGUGAUCAACAAGCAUAAUGAGAGCGUUUUAAAUGUCUACGAUCUGUUUAGUACUAACACGCAGUUCAACGCAUACAGUUUCCAGACACUUUCACUGUCACCAGGUGAAUCUGCCUCAAUUCCUCUCAUUUUCUUACCUAAAUGGUUGGGUUUGUCUUCAGCUCAACUAGUUUUGCAAACCAGCUUUGGGGGUUUUGUCAUUCAUGCUAAAGGUGUAGCCACAAUGUCCCCUUACCAAUUGCAACCUUUAGUGGGAUUAAACAUUUCUACUGGUAGAAGAUUGAGCAGAAAAUUGUCACUUUAUAAUCCUUAUAAUGACGUGCUGCAUGUCAAGGAAGUAGCCACAUGGAUUUCAAUAUCUGGUUCAAAGAAAACUAACUCAGCACUUGUACUCUGUAGCACAAAUAGAUUUCAGCAACAUGACAUUCAAUCAGCAUCUAAUACUGACAGUGAGUGGUUAAGUCUAAAGAGUGGUGAACUGGGAUCAUCAAGGCUAGAUAUUAGGCCUCAUCAACACUGGGAGGUGCCACCAAAUAGUUCUAGAUCUAUAUUAGAACUGAAUUUAUGGCCUCAUUUGGGCCGAGAAGUUUCUGGAGCCAUCUGCUUGAAUUUAGGUAAUUCUUCACAGGAAAUUUCUGAGACGAUAAUUCUUCCUAUUGACAUAGAAAUGAAUGAGAGGGGGAGUUACACUGACUUGACUGGUUCUGUUUCAUUAUACUUUGACACUCUGGUUCCAUGUCAUGGAAGGAAAACUGUAUUUUCCAUCUCCCUAAGAAAUGAUGCUUCAUAUUUACUACAUGUUGUAAAGAUCAGUGAAGAAACAAAAGCUUGUAAUAUUUUUGAGAUAAGAUAUAUGGAAGGUCUUUUACUUUUUCCUGGGACAGUUACACAGAUAGCUUUGGUAACGUACAGUCAUCCCUUUAAUUCACAGGAUAGAGUAUCUGAAAACCAUAGUUCUGGUUUGAAUUGUUUGCUUUCCAUAAGUACAAAUGAUUCUGUCAACCCGGAGAUCAGUAUUCCUUGCCAUGACCUAGUCCUUAACUCUUGUAAGUACCAGAAAGGCUUUCACACAUUUGAAUCAGAAGGUUCAUACAUCAAAUUAAUCUCCAAACGUGAGGAUGAGAAAUGUGCAAGUACCAUUACUGAAUCUCUUGGGAAUGCUAGUGAAGAAUCAUCACAAUUCAAGCCAAAGGCUUCAGAAGAAAUUAAAGCUGAUGAUCUGUUACUCAACAAUUGGAAAUCUCAAGCCACCAUGAACAGGAUGUCUGUGCUUGAAGACCAAGAAUUAUUAUUUCCAGUGGUCCAAAUAGGAAAUCAUCACUCCAAGUGGAUCAGUGUGCACAACCCGAGUAAAAAACCAGUUGUGAUGCAACUUGUACUGAACUCUGGGACAAUCAUUGAUCACUGCAAAUCUACUGAUGAACAUUCAGAACAUACAUUCUUGACAACGUUUUCUCAUUUUACUUCAGCAGAAAUUGGAGUUGGUUUCUCAAUAGCAGAAACAGCUUUAACAGAAGCUUUUGUACACCCCCUAGGGAGUGCUUUAUUUGGCCCUGUUAUAUUUCAUCCUUCGAAUCGGUGCAUGUGGAGAAGCUCUGCUUUGAUAAGGAAUAAUCUUUCAGGUGUGGAGUGGUUGCCACUUCAAGCAUUUGGUGGUUCUCAUUCAAUUGUCGUACUUGAGGGCUCUGUGCCCAUUCUUAAACUAGAUUUUGACCUUCACUCUCUAAUGACUUUCAAUGUAUCUGCCUCAGAUACUCUCGUUCCUGUAGAAAAAAUCACUUCUUUCUGUAGUAAUCUAUUCUCCAAAGAGCUCUUUGUUAAGAAUAUAGGUGAGCUUCCCCUCCAAAUAAUUAAACUGAAAGUUUCUGGAACUGAUUGCGGUUCUGAUGGUUUUACAAUUCACAAUUGUAAAGGGUUUUCUCUUGCGCCUGGGGAAUCAACAAAUCUUCUUAUUUCAUAUCAAGCAGACUUCUCCACUUCUGUUAUUCGCAGAGACUUUGAGCUUGCCAUGGAUACAGGAAUUUUAGUGAUACCGAUGAAAGCAAGAGUUCCGGGUUACAUGAUCAACAUGUGUAGGAAGCCCCUCUUCAGAUCAAUUCAUUGGAAACUAUUUCUAGUGGUUCUUUUUGCUUCUUUCAUUAUUCUUCAUUUUAUGUUCCGAAUCAUCCCUCAGGCUUUUUCACCAUCAAAUGAUGACUAUUUUUUCAAGUUUAGCAAUACUGUGGGAUCCCCAAGCAAGACUGAAGCUUCUUCACCCCCCCAACAGAACACCAGAAUUUCCAGGUCUUCGAGAGACGAUGAGAAAUAUGUGGCUACUAAUUAUUUCAACGGUUAUCUUGACUGCACUACUGAUCACCGUGAUACUGCUAGAAAGAAGGUGGUUAUGGAUUGCUUAGACCAUCAAAAGAAUGGCAGUUUUUCUCCACCGUUAGGAAAUAGCCAUAUAGAAGUUGCUAAAACUGCUCAGACAUUAGAAAUGCCACAAAAUUGUAAUCUCACUGUCCGGGUUGUGAGAGAGAAGGUGAGGAGAAGAAAGAGGAGGCCAAAUGGUGCAGGACUACCUCAAAAACUCGAUUUUUCAAGUAGUCAGAGUGGGAAUUCUACACCCUCCUCUCCCUUGUCCCCCAACAUUUCCACGCCUAAACAUAUACUGUCGCAAUCUCCCGAGACUAUUGUUGUUCCUCUUUGUCCUCAAGAAUCCAAAGAACACAACAAUUCAAAGAGGCCUGGUUUUGAAGUUUCUAAUCUGGCAGGAAAGGCAGAAAGUGUUAAGUGUUCUGAUAGUAAAUGGUCUUCUUCACCUGAUCAAGGUCUGCCUUCAGCAACUACCAAAUUCCCUGGAAAGCCCAGUUUGUUGUCUUGUGCCACCUUCCCGGGACCCGGUUUGCGCGCACCUGUUGUGGCUGAUUCGAGCUUCAUGGCUUCCAUGUCUCCUAUCGCUCCUUGUGCCCGUGCGCCGGGAACAAAACUUUGUAAAGAAAAAACAAUAAAGGGGGAGGUUAGCGAUGCAAUGCAGGAAGAUUUCACCUAUGACAUUUGGGGAAAUCAUUUUUCUGAACGCAUAUUUUAUAGACCAGAGGAGAGCACGUCAAAGUUGUCAGAUGCUUCAGAAGGUGACUCUUAUAGUUUCUUCACCAGAGAGACCCUCAGUCCCCAAUGAUGAUGUCACUGCCACGGUCUGUUUCUCCAGGUUUUGAAUUUUCCUCCUGAUGUAAAUUGCCUUUUGAUGAAAUGAAGUAGACUGUCUUGUAACUAGUAAUUUCUCUCCUUCAAAUCUACUUUUGCAAUUUCAUGAACUUUUUGGUUCC